ACCAACCAGGCCUUUUUGUAAACUAAAACAUAAUUAAUAAUUUUAAAUGUUAGAAAAUGCUAGUUACCAUUUUUUUUAAUAAAAGUGUUGUACCAAUUAGAUAGUGUUGUGCUCGGGCCGGGUGUGUCCGGUUAUUUUAUGACAAUAAAUUAAUAUUACGGAACAAAUAUGUCUACGAGCCCUUUCCCAUACACUUGCGAGCUUUGUGGCGCCGAGGGCCUCACAGACGAAGGCAUGCGGUCUCAUACCCUCGAAGCCCAUGUGGCCGGAAGACCAGAAUGUCCAUUCUGUGACAGUGUAGUGCCUCAACCUCAGCUGGUAGGUCAUGUCCAGAGGGCACAUCUGCAUUAUCUGACACCAGAAAGAGAAUUGAUGGCCUUUAUUGAUGAUCAGAGUCCAAGUUUCGACGAAGAUUCUAAAAUGACAACAGAUAGCUGCAGCUACAAUACACCCGGUUCAAUAAACGGCUGGCACAGUCCGGACAAUUCCUCGUCGUCGUACCAUAACGGAGCCAUCUCGAAAAACACAAGCUACUUCAAUGGAUAUACGGAAAAGGACAUAAUACACGAAAAAGAAUUCAGAAAUGACGAAGGCAGCAGUAAGAAUAUUUACGACUUAACCAACGGAUUAACGAAUGGUGUGAAAAACAUUAACAUUUGCAAUGGUAUUACAAAUAAAGCUGUUCAAGGUCAGCAGAAUUGUAAUGAAAACGAUAUGAAUUCGCACAAAAAAGAUGUCCAUUCUAGUCCAAGCAAGAACUCUGGUAGCUAUGAAGGAUCUCCUAAUAAAAAUAAGCUAAAUUUGACGAGCGCUGGUCAGGGUUCGCCGCUGAGGUCGCAACUAGCAUUAAAAUUAAAACCAAACACACCUAAGAAAAUUCCUCCCACGCCGAGUCCUACAGUGCAAUGUCUUCUAUGCGAUUUCAAAUCGACAUGCCCGCGAAAACUCGAAGAACAUAUAAAUCGAGCGCACUUCGAUUUGACAUCACCGUCUUUGAAUGCAAAUGCGAAUGCUAACUCAGACAAUCCGACCCUGGGCUUGUCCAACCCGACGAUAACCCUGGAGAACCCAACUCUGGCCCUGACAAUGGCUAUGUCACCUGGACCUCAUGCUUCAUCAUACCAAUGCCCGAUCUGCGAAAGUACAUUCGUGAACACGUCCGAUCUGGAGGUCCACGUGAAUGUGGAUCACAAGGAUAUAUUAAGUCCACAGAAAGAUGAUCAAAUAGACAAUGCGUCAUGUGACGAUAUAGUCAUGAUGGAAGAGAGUCCAGUUAGCAAUUGUCCAGUUUGCUGUCAACCAUUGCCACUGUCACAACAUGAAUUGAUACAACAUAUUGAGGAGCAUUUUGAGAGGGGAGAAGAUGGUGCAUCAGGAUUAACUACAGCAGAAAGAGAAGCGCAGAGGAACAGGGAACAACAAGAAUUUCAAAUGCUUAGGGCUCAGUACGGCAUGGAAGAGGAAGAGGAGUCGUAUGCGCAGCGCGAGGAGAGCGGGCUGCGCCGCGCGGUGUACAGCGGCGCGCUGUCCGUGCCCGACUACUACGAGCGGAGCCGGGGCCUGCGCCGCCCCGCCAGGGACACCGGCGCCUCCAGGACACAUGGUCUCUUAGAACGGAUAGCUCAACUAAACGCUCACAACCCUAGUAUAGUGAAAACGUACCUGUGCAGCGCCGUGGACCACUACGCGAGCACGUACGGGGACCGCGGCUGGGGCUGCGGCUACAGGAACAUGCAAAUGCUGGUGUCGUCCCUGAUGAAGAACCCUCAGUACGCUCCGCUGCUGAAGUGCAAUAACGAGAGGGAGUGCGAGUGCGUGCCCUCCCUGCCGCGGCUGCAGCUGCUGGUGGAGAGGGCCUGGCAGCGGGGCUUCGACACCCAGGGCUCGGAGCAGCUGGGCUCGAGGCUGUACAACACGCGCAAGUGGAUCGGCGCCUGCGAGGUGGUCACGGUGCUGUCCUCACUCAGGAUAAGAUGCCAGCUGAUCGACUUCCACCGGCCAACGGGCGCAGACGGCGGGCACCCCGCGCUGUUUGACUGGGUGCUGCAGUACUUCCGGGACCAACCCGCCGCCUUCAAGCCGCCGCUCUACCUGCAGCACCAAGGUCACUCUCGGACUAUAAUCGGUUACGAGAAACACAAGGAUGGUAAAGCGACGCUACUCGUGUUGGAUCCCUCUCACUCGCCCUCCCAGGUGCGGCAAGUGCUGUGUGGCAGCACGGCGUCGUGCAGCACGGCACUGCGACUGCUGCGGCGGGGCUCCCCGGCGCUUCGGGCGCGCCAGUACCAGCUGCUGUGCGUCACGGGGCUCAUGGCCAGCGACGAGGAGUACGAGGCCAGCAAGGUGCUGCAGUCGGUGCGCAUCCCGUAGUGCAGCCCGGGGACCGCAGCCUACGUCGGCGCGGUCGCACAGCGCCGUGACGUUAUACUCCACUCCCACCUCAUACCGUUUGGUCAAUUAAUUAAUUUAACGUCAAUUCCAAUUAGUUAUAACAUUUCUUUUACGGUCACGCUUCGAAUUAGGUGGACAGGCUGACGGCUCGCCUGAUGUCUAAUGUCCGUCUGCAUCUGUCCUUGGGCUCCCACAACCACUUGCCAUCAUAGAGCACGUCAGCCUACUCGCAAAUAUUUGCAAUGAACAUAAUAUGUAUAGUUUUGAAAUUUCAAAACAGAAAUCAAACCCAAUAUCUAAAAGAUAUUUAAUUCGUGCACUUAAUAAUAUGUUCUUCGAUCUUCGUCAACCGACUUCGACAAGGAGGUUCUCUAGUGCAUCGAUAAAUAAUUUUUAGUGUAACUAUUUUUCGUUAACCGAAUUUCAAUUCAUAAUUAGGCUAAAAAAGAAUUCACUUCCAAAAAACAAUUUAUGGAUGGAGCCUAUGAAAAAAAAAAA